AUGGCGAGUACAAGCUCACAGCUUCGUUUGACGAAAGAAGAAAGCGCACUGAUGGAUGAAUGUCGAAAAUCGAGCUUCUGGUACCGAUCCGUACCACUAAUGGCGAUCACCACGGGUUUUAUGACGUAUCUACGUGUUACUAGUCGAAUACCACCGAAGUUUUAUGGAUUUAAAUUAGCAAGUACAGUACUCGGAGCUUAUAUUUUGGGAAAAGCUUCGUAUAUAGCCGAAUGUCGACGGAUGAUAAUUGAACGAUUACCGAAUUCAAAUCUUGCUCAUGCGUUAGAACAGAAACCAUAUGAUCUUAUCUCGGAUAUGGCACAACCACCAGAGAUCGUUCCUAAAACUGCUACAACUAAUAUUUUUGGUGUUCGUAACCAGGAAGUAGAAGAUGAAAAUCAAGUCGAUUUAGUACCUCCAGAAACGACCGAUAAAAAUACUACGCGAAAGUAUGUCACCUAUGAUGAUUUACGUCAAAGAAAUCGUGCUGAACAUGCAUCGAAAUUUGCUGGACCGAAACCUCGAAACGAUGUACCUCCACCUAUUCAAGAUCCGAAACAACUUCCACCCUUGCCAGUCAUAUCCAACGAUCCGGCACCCUGUCCAAUCAUUACCAAUCAAACGAAAAGAUCAUCUGUUCGAAAGAAUCAGUAUGGUGAUGAAAUCUAUGACUAA